AUGAAGUUAUGGGAUAGCCUGACCACUUGUUUGAUUCUGCUGAGUGCGGUGCGCGCCGGCGCGCUGCUCCGGAGCAGAACGCAGCUCGCGUCCGGCCGGAGGAGGGGGCGCGCAGCGGAGAGCCCGCUGGACAUCCCGCCGGUCAUCCCGCCGGUCCAGACCCGCCUGUCCGGUCAGUCCCCGAGCACAGAGCCACCCGCAUCAAUCCCAGAGGCAGACUCACUGAUCAGAGGUGCAAAAUGUAAGGGCGAAUACACCAUGAAGGAGCCCCUCCCAGAUGACAUUGAAGACGUGAUUGACUUCAUCAAAGUAACCAUCAGCAGGAUACGUCGCUCCUCGUCUUCCUCUGCGUCUUCAUCUACCUCCUCCUCCACCCCCUCUCCGCUCAGGGAAAAACUGAGCAGCAGGACUCGGCGGAGACGGGGAAGGAAGGAAGAUACUUCAAAGGGCAGGGGCAAAAGUGGAAGAAGAGGAGCUAAAGUUGGGGAGAUGGGCUCUAAGAACAGACGAGGGGGCGGCGGCGGCGGGCGAGGACACGGCUGCCUGCUCAAACAGAUCCACCUGAACGUGUCAGACCUCGGGCUAGGCUACCGCUCCAGUGAAGAAAUGAUUUUCAGAUACUGCUCGGGCCCUUGCAGAAAGUCUGAAAGCAACUAUGACAAAAUCCUUUUCAAUCUCGUUCACAACAAGAAGCUUCCCUUCAAAGACACUCCCUUGCAGGCCUGCUGUCGGCCAAUAGCGUUUGACGACGACCUCUCGUUUCUGGAUGACAGCCUUGUUUACCACACCGUGAGAAAGCACUCGGCCAGAAAAUGUGGCUGCGUGUAGUCACGGAGGAUUACUCUUCUGCUCUGUGUCCAGUGUGUUUUUUCUGUAGGUUUUCCUAUGCUAUGGGGAUACUUAAAGACAUCCUGUAAAUGGCUUGAAUGCACAAAGAAGAAUCAA